AUGGUGACUGCUAGACUUCCAUUACCUCUCGAGAAGGAGCCUUUAACGAUGGAGGGGGAGGUUUUGUUAACACUAAGGAAGACACGGCCACACCGUACCAGAAGGUACUACGCUGUACUCACGAAGGGUUAUCUUCAACUUUUCACUAACAAACAAAAUCCAGCUUACAAGUAUCAAAUUGACCUCUCAAAGGUAGUAUUGGACGAUGAAGGCGAAUCCAUCAUUAUCGGUUUCAGAGUAAGCAGCAAUUGGUUUCUGAAAGUCAGGCUACUUAAAAUAACCUAGCA